AUGGCCGCUGAAACACCUCCGCACAAGACGAUCGCCUUGACGAAUCCUCCAGGUUAUGCUUUAACCUCUCAUCGGCUCCGUCGCACUCUGCAUACCUCCACCAAGCAACCUAUCGUCUUGGUAGCAUGUGGCUCCUUUAAUCCUGUCACAUACCACCACCUUCGGAUGUUCGAGAUUACAGAAGAUUUCAUUCAGAAGAAUACCGAUUUUGAGAUCGUCGGUGGAUAUCUCAGCCCAGUCAGUGACGAGUACAAGAAAGCGGGUCUAGUCAGUGCACAUCAUCGGGUUAACAUGUGCACGCUUGCCGCAGAGCAGGAGUCGUCGUGGCUAAUGGUCGAUUCCUGGGAGGCGUUGCAGAAUUAUCAACGUACAGCUGUUGUGCUCGACCACUUCGAUUACGAAAUUAACACGGUUCUUGGUGGCGUGUCCACUCGAAACGGUGAUCACCGUGAUGUUAAGAUCAUGUUUCUUGCUGGUUCAGACUUGAUUAGGACCAUGUCUGAGCCGGGCGUUUGGUCUCAUGAUGAUCUCGAUCAUAUACUUGGCCGCCAUGGAACAUUUGUCAUCGAGCGCACCGGAGCCGAUCUGCAUCAAGCGGUUGGCAGCCUGGUGCGUUGGCGGAAUAACAUCUACCCUAUUGCUCAGCUGGUCCAGAACGAUGUUUCCUCGACGAAAGCACGGCUGUUCUUUCGCAGGGGCCUUUCGGUACAGUAUCUCCUCCCAGCGGCUGUCAUCGAUUACAUAGAGCAGAACAAUCUGUAUCUAGACGAUGGACCGUACGCGGAGAAAGAUAAAAGUAAGGGCUGGGAGACUGGAGAAGCUGGUUCUAAUUCAGAAGGCAACAAUGUACGCGCUACACGGUCAACAUUGGGAACGGAGAACACAAAGUUAUCAAAUUGGACUUGCGUAAAGAAACCGUGA